AUCUCGCCACGCCAAUUCCCAAUUUCAUACGCGGCAACCCGACCGGGUGCACUCCGUGCCCUAGCUGAUAAAAUCCCUAAAUUAGCUUCACAAUCCCAAUCUCAUCAUACUCAGUCCAUGGCUGCUUCCUCACUAUCACUGCUCAACUCCAUUCCCUCGAUCUCUCUACUCUCCAUCAUCCUCUCCGCCUUUCUUUUCUCCACAUCAUCGGCCUACCAGCUCGGCGGCGUCCGUGGAUGGGGGAAAAGGAUUGGAGCAUGGACCGAUAUACCCGACGCUGCUUCGAACCUAGAAGUACGAGAACUAGGGCGCUACUCCGUUGAUGAAUACAAUCGCCGACUCCGAGGCCCCGGGAAUGCCCCCAUCGCCUUCUCAGACGUGCUGAGCGCACGACGCCAGGUGUUCUCUGGCAUCAAGUAUCAUCUCCGCGUCUCCGCAGUGGGCUUUCACGACAGCCACCACCUUACCUUUGAUGCUGUUGUUGUCGCCCGCACUUGGAUCCCUGAACCCAGCCACGAUCUUCUCUCUUUCACCCCAUCCGAUGCCUAGCUUGUUCCGUGCUUUCUCUUACGUAUGUGCAGGUUCCGGUUUUCUUUAGCUGUUAAUACCUUUCCUAUGCUUUGUGGUGAUGAUGAAAUUUCAGCUGUCUCUGUUUGCUCUGUGAAUAUAUUCGGAUUUGAACCUCACUACUUCUGAUUUUUUUAAAUAAACAUA